CAGAAUAAAAAAGAUGUGCUAGUGAGAUUCAUUAUUUUCUCUUUGAUUUGAUGCUGGCAAUACAAAGCACCUCGAUCUCUCCUCGAGAUUUCCCAAGUCACAGCCUAGUAAACAACCUCUUUUUUCUUCUUCAAAAUUCCUUCAUUUAAUUAGGGCUUGUAUUUAGUAAGCUGAAACGUAUAAUUAAUUAGUGGAAGCACUGAUGAUGGAUAAUUUCCACUCAUUUUUUCCUUUUCAACAAAAUGAGGAUAAUGAUAAUUACCAGCUCCUUUAUCCACCAACAAACACCAAUUCUUCUUCUUUUCUAUAUUAUCAAGAAGACAGUAACCAGCUGCAAGAUCUGGUUACAGAUCUUACUCCAUUCCAUUCAUUGGAGGUGGACACAAACAAUGUUGACUUCAACAACACCAACGUCAAAACCAACAAAAUUAAUAAGAGAGGCAAAAAGUCGCAGAAUUCAUCAUCAGGUGUUUCUCUUCCAGUUGAUGAGAACACUACUGAUUUCAAGCAGAAGAAAAUAAUACACAGGGAGAUCGAACGGCAAAGAAGACAAGAAAUGUCUAAUCUUUAUGCUUCUCUUCGGCAACUACUUCCUCUUGAGUAUCUCAAGGGAAAACGUUCCACAUCGGACCAUAUUCUUGAGGCUGUGAAUUAUAUAGAACACCUGCAGGAAAAAGUUAGGAAAAUGGAAGAUAAUAAAGGUAAAUUAAAGAUGGGUUUAAGUUCAAGCGAUGUUGAUUAUCCCAAAAGUGGAUGCUCGUCAUCUAGUCAUGAGUCCUCGGCAGCAAUUAUAACAGUGAAGUUAUGCUUGGACGGCAUGGAAAUAUUGACAGAUUGUAGUGUUACGAAUGAAGGGUUUUAUCUAUCAAGGGUUCUUGAAGUACUACUUCGUGAAGGUCUUAGCAUUGUGAGCUGCAGCUGCAACAAAGUUAAUGGAAGGUUACUUCACACUAUCCGAACCGAGGUUUGUUCUCCCUCAAGUAUUGAUGCUUAUGAGCUCCAAAAGAAAUUGGCAGCUACGAUUAAUUCAAACUGAUAUACGCCUCCGCGUUGGAUUUUGUUAAUUUAUUGCAGCACUGCUGCACUGGGAUGUGGACUCUUCAUAUAUCCACUGCAGGUUUCCUGAGAACUUUCUUGAAACGUGACAUAUUCCACAUAUUUCUUUUAUACCCUUAACAUAUUUCUGUUCAAUGUUUAAUUUGCCUAAUGAGUAUAAAAGGAAAGUAGAAAAUUGGCUGCUAACCUUUUUUUCAUGGUUGUUUUAGCCGCAACUUCGCUUGCGGUUGUGAUGCUGGCAAUAAUAGGCAGGUAUGUGUUUCAGCUAUAUGUUCUUGUUAACACAAACAGGCAGUAAAAGACACAUCAAUUAAACACUGUAUAGAGACCAACACAGAAGAAAACAUUAGCAUCAGAAGUUUCUCUACGGUGUACCUCUGUUCUCAAUUCAAUAGCCUUGCAAUGUCUCACAAAAAAUUCUGUCAAUAAUACAUCUAGCUUUACAGCUUGUUUGGACUUUUGUUACCUGUUGUAUUGUAUCAUAUUGUUACUUUAAAUACAAUAUAUGUUUUGAUUAAUUGUUGCUUAAAUUUUAUUGUAUCGUGUUGUUAAAUCUAUCUUUAGGUAAUGUUGAAAAAUGGAACGACCGAUUUGGUGUGGUCGCAUCGUUUCCUAA